AUGAUCAUAUUUAGCUCGUCGCCUCUGUCAGUAUACCAAUAUAACGAUUUAUUAUGUAAUUUGUCUCCAGUAACCAAUGUGACCUUAGUGGGCCCGACCACUGGUCAGGGACUGGUCCAGCUUAUGAAGGAUGGAGUCUGGGGAACCAUUUGUGAUGACAAUUUUGACCACUUAGAUGCCAAGGUCGUUUGCAGACUCGCUUAUCCCAAAGGAGAUGUGUCCAUUGCCACCGUUGAGGGUGUAUUUGGAAACGGAACUGGUAAAAUAUUCUAUGAUGAAUUGCAGUGUACUGGAGAGGAGACAUCACUUGAAAACUGUCGUUCGGACAGCUUCCACGACUGUUUUCAUUCAGAAGAUGCCGGGGUCAUAUGCGAUUCAAAGGCUGUUAAGAUGAGGCUGGUCAAUGGUGCUGCUGACGGCAUGUCAGGACGUCUUGAAGUCUCGCUUAAUGGACAAUGGGGGACUGUGUGUGACGAUGAAUUCACUUCAAAAGCAGCAAAGAUUGCGUGCAAGGAGCUCGGUUUACCAGCAAUGAACUCGUACGUUUCAAAAUACGGCCAAGGAACAGGUCAGAUCUGGUAUGAUGACGUGCUAUGUCAGGGUUCAGAGACCACUCUUCUUGCCUGUAACAUGACAGAGGUAGGGAACAAUGACUGUGAUCACAGCGAGGACGUCGGAAUCGUGUGUACAGACAAGGUGCCAACAGUCAAUGUGCGACUAGUGAACGGACAAAGCGCGGACGAGGGACGUGUAGAGGUCCAGGUGAACGGCCAAUGGGGCACGGUUUGUGAUGACCUCUGGGACGAAGUUGACGCCGGCGUUGUAUGUAGUAUGCUUGGUUUUACAAACGGGACAGCUAAAGGUGUUGGGAAUGCCUACUUUGGGCGUGGCAAUGGAAGUAUUUUGAUGGAUGAUGUCGAGUGCGUUGGGAAUGAGCAGAAUAUCGCCCAGUGUGUGUACGGGGGAUUCGGUGUCCAUGACUGCGAUCACUCUGAGGAUGCUGGUGUUAUCUGUCACGCAGAGUCGACUGCCGCCACGCAAGUGCGCCUUGUGGGUGGAUCCAAUAACGAAGAGGGGCGCGUGGAGGUGUUACAUAACAACCGAUGGGGAACCGUGUGUGAUGACGAAUUUGAUAAUCGUGAGGCCAAAGUCAUCUGUAACAUGCUUGGAUUUGGAAAUGGAACUUCCGUCGCAUUGGGAGACGCCUUUUUCGGUGAAGGUUCUGGAACCAUUCAGAUGGACGAGCUCGCCUGCAGUGGACGUGAAAGCAAUAUCGGACUAUGUCGAUUUGAUGGCUUCGGCAUCAACGACUGUGAUCACAGCGAGGAUGCUAGUGUCAUUUGUAACGCCGGGGCCCAGAACCUUACCGCCAGACUUGUGAAUGGAAAGACACCAAACGAAGGUCGGCUGGAGGUCUUUUAUCAUAAUCAGUGGGGAACCGUCUGUGACGAUUACUUCGGAAGAGAGGAGGCAAAGACUGUAUGCAGAAUGCUUGGCCUUCCCACAGCGGAGGCUCAGUCGGUGACCGGUGGUUUCUUCGGCGACGGAAUAGGUAAAAUUUGGCUAGACAACGUUCACUGCACAGGACUCGAGAACUCAGUUGAUGCAUGCCGACACAACCCGUUCGGAGCCAACAACUGUGACCAUUCUGAAGACGUAGGGGUUCGAUGUGGAGGGAGGUUGGAGAGCCCACUCCGAUUGGUGGGUGGAGUAGGACCAUUCGAAGGACGUCUGGAAGUAUUUCACAACAACCAAUGGGGAACAGUAUGUGGGAACGGGUUCGGUGUGACAGACGCACAGGUCGUGUGUAACGUGCUUGGCUUCCCAAGUGACUCACCAGUUGUCCAGGGAUCGGCCGCCUUUGGGGCCGGAACCGGAAAAGUGUGGCUGAGUGGAGUACAGUGUAACGGAAGUGAGCCUUCCCUUGACCUCUGUAUCCAUGGACAGUGGGGAUCUAAUUCAUGCACACACGAAAACGACGUAGCCAUUAUGUGUAGAAAUCAUGGCCUUGAGUGUUACCACUGUGAUGGACUCACUGAUCCACAAUCCUGCAAGGAAACUCAGCAGUGCGCAGUAGGAGAAGCAUGUGAAGAAGCUUCCUACAUCAUCAAUGGCGAGACCAGAGUAUCCAUGGCGUGUCAAAGUCAGCUGGUUUGUGACGCGCUAUCGCACGGUUCAUUAGUAGGACGUCGUUCAACAAGACAAGCAAGUGGCGAGACUACACAGGUUAAAUGCUGUACCACACCUCUAUGUAACAAGGACAUUCUGACCAUCGACAAUCCCCAUACUGGAUCGGGUACCGGGCCGUGUGCAGACAAGUCGGAUACAAACUGUGCUUCCCUGGAUGCCAUGAAAAUUUGUGAUAACAUACAGGCAGCCAAGUUGAUGUGCCCUAAACACUGUGGAAUCUGUACUUAAGUUCAAAUGUACAAGGAUUAUAACAGCAAACUCGAAAUAAUAUUCAAAUAUUCAUUUAUAUUUCUCUCCAUCAAAAUAAAAAAAAAGAUAAUUUAAAAUAAAUGUUCAAGAUGUCG